GUGAAAGCCCAACCAAUACAAGCGUUUCUUGUGUGAAAAAUUGUUCUUCGUUUGUUUUAGCUUCAUCGAUCAGACCAAUCGACAAGGGCAAGCAUGCACCGCAAUCACUCUGCUCUGAAACCCCAAUUUUCAUGAUUUGUGCUUAGCAGGAUAUAGGUUGUUUGAGAAGAAUGGAGAGGAUAAAAAGAAUUAACGUCAAUGGCUCUGCACUUAACUGUGAUGACAUACUGCAUGAGAUCCUACUUCGAAUACCGCCAUCAACGAUCUCCAAAUUAAUUGUUGUAUCAAAAAUAUGGCUGCGAGUAAUAUGCAGUUCUUCUUUUCGUCAAGGGUACACAAGACGAUGGGGGCAAAGUUUCAGACUUGUGGGGUUUUUUGUAUGCAACUUUUUAUAUCUUGGAAGACCUCGGGAUGGGUACCGUCGCCCUCGUUGGGAGCCUGCCCUUCCGUUCUUGUCCACUUGUAGAGAGGGUGAUGAUCUGAAACAUUCUGGAAUCCUCAAAAGUCGUGGGUAUUUCAUUGAUAGUUCAAAAGGCAUUAUUCUUUCUGGUUUCCAUCCAAAGACAUAUUUUGUGUACAACGCAGUCUCCAAGCAAAAGUAUCAACUCCCAGAACCUCAGCAGUUCUAUAAAGUUCUGUGCAUGGCAUUGAUUGUGGAGGAAUGCCUUGAUGGUGACACAUGCUACAAGGUGAUCCGAGCAAGAUGUGAGUGCAAGCUUAAGGAACGCAACACUGUCUCAAUUGAGACUUACUCAUCAAACACUGGAAAAUGGAAGCAAUCCACUCUGAUGUGCUCAACAUCUUUUGCAUUGCGCCCGAGAACAGCAGCUAUGGUGGUUGGAGGGGUUGUACACUGGUUUGCAAUAUGGGGAAAACUUGCCAUUUAUGAUCCUCGUCUUGGAGACAGGUAUAUAGCAUUGAUUAGACUACCAACAGGUGUGUUAACACGUGAGCAUGAGGAAUCUGUUCUUGGGGAGUCAUCGGAUGGGGUUUUGCUGUAUGGUCAGAGCAAUAACAUUGGUGUGGAGAUAUGGAUGCUUGUGAAGGAACCAGAAGAUAACAACUCAUCCAUUUACUGCAACUGUACUAGGGUGAAGUACAAGUGGGUCCUGAGGUGGAGAUUAAGUUUUAAGGUAUUAUGGAAGCAGAUGCCAUCUUUAAGCACACAUUCUAAAGAAACCCAGCUACUGUCAUUCCUUCCACAUAAUUCUACUUCUGUCUUCAUAAGAUCAGGAUGGAACAUUUUGCUAUGUGAUUUACAGACUAAAACGGUGGAAGUUGUUAAUUAUCAGGGUCGAGGAGGUUCCAUUUCUUGGGAAUCUAGCAAAAUAGUUCCUUACUUUCUACCAUCUUGGCCACACGCACCUUGUGCCUCGUGACGACAUCAAACAAGGGAACUUUAGGGGCUUAUUUACUUCCAUUAUCAUUUUUAUGUUCUUACUUUGAGUUUACAAAACUGUCUAUAAUUUCAAUUUGUUUCCUGUUAUGAAAGCUUUCUACAGAAAACUGUGAAAACGACGACAGUUUUGUAAAUUAAACAUGGAACAGAGAAUGAAAACAGAAGUAAAGGGGUCUUAAGCUUUUAACACCUUUGAUCGUUGUGAAUUGUAGGCGUAGUAGGACCUUAACUUCUCUUAUAGAUUCGGUGGUGUACAUGCCGGUAGGUUGGUGUUUUGUCAAACAAUGAAAAAUAUUACCUUUUAGAUCA